AUGGAGGAACAGUCGGAAGCUGGGCAGUUUAUUCUGUUCGAAGGGGAAAAUGACGUGAACAGCGACAACUUUUGCUACGAAUACAAAGAAAAGGCAAUCAGGAAAAGGCUUUCCAAGACUCAGAGCUAUAAAAAUUUAGGCAGUCAAAACAGGAUGAGCAAAUGGGCAUGCGGGGACAGAGGCCCCUUGAACUUUGCAAUUUGGGAAAUAACACCCAAGUGCAGUUCCCGCUUCGCACAGCUGAGCGAUUUGGAGAUGAUCGGAAAGCACAACUUGGAGGAUUUUUUAAACCAUGAGGACCAGAGGCGGCGCCACAAAGUCCCCAUGCUGUGGUUGCACGAUAGUACGAUGGCCUACUCGACGUCAAAAAUGAUCGAGAAAGGAGUAUAA